UACUCUCAUGCUCACAUGCACCCAGCUGCUCACAUGCCAGGAUCUUCACACUGUACCUGACCGCUCCGCUGAGCUCAGUGACCACCCACGCUAGCAUCCAGCCACAGACGGAGAGAGUGCUGCAGCUUCCCUCUCAUCCUCCAGCCUGCUGUUCUCCAGCAGAAGUGCUCCUCCUGUCCUCCUUUCUCCCUCAGCCUCCCUCCAAUCCGACCAUGCACCUGCUCUGAUCCGGUUGCUAAGGUGCUGAAGCCCAGGCGUGGAGGAGUGGACGAAGGCAGGACUUUGUUGCUAAGAGUGACAGGCUUUUUCUCGCUCUAACCGUGGUGGUGUAGGUUAGCGGGCGCUGGGUGGAUUGUGAAUUGAGAGCAGUCGUCCUGUGGGGAUUGGAGCUGUGAACACAGCUGCUUUUCCUCUUCCCCUCAAUAACUGCACAUCCUCCCCGGAGCGUGUGGAAGGGAAGAGGUGGAGCAUGGCCCAGUCCUCUCCAGAGCAGGGGGCGGUGGGGACCGCCGACCUGGAGGAAGACUCCCCAAAUAUGAUCAUUUACAGGAAGAUUGAGGAUAUAGUGACCCGAAUCCAGGAUGAAACUGAAGGAGUACCCAUCAGAACGGUCAAAAGCUUCAUGUCUAAGAUCCCCAGUGUGGUCACAGGGACUGACAUUGUUCAGUGGCUGAUGAAGAAUCUCUCCAUUGAAGAUCCAGCCGAGGCCUUGCACACUGGAAGCUUGAUUGCUGCUCAGGGUUACAUCUUCCCCAUCUCUGACCAUGUGCUCACCCUGAAGGAUGAUGGGACGUUCUACCGCUUUCAGGCUCCAUACUUUUGGCCGUCUAAUUGCUGGGAGCCAGAGAAUACAGACUAUGCCAUCUAUCUGUGCAAGCGGACCAUGCAGAACAAGACGCGACUGGAGCUAGCAGACUAUGAAGCGGAGAACCUGGCGAGGUUGCAGAGAGCGUUUGCAAGGAAGUGGGAGUUCAUCUUCAUGCAGGCUGAGGCUCAGGUCAAGAUCGACAGAAAAAAGGACAAGACGGAGAGAAAGAUUCUCGACAGUCAAGAAAGAGCCUUCUGGGAUGUCCACCGACCAGUGCCAGGCUGUGUCAACACCACAGAAAUGGACAUCAGGAAGUGUCGACGCAUGAAAAACCCCCAAAGAGUCAAAAAGUCAGUGUAUGGAGUGGCUGAAGACACACAGACACAGAGUCCUGUACACACACACCCGCAGCCCAGCAGGAAGGACACCAAAGAGGACGUAGAGAAAGAGAUUUUAUUCCUGAACACUCAGCUGGACAGACACUGUAUGAAAAUGUCCAAAGUAGCAGAAACGCUGAUGAGCUACACAGAGCAGUAUCUGGAGUAUGACCCGUUUGUGUGCCCCCCUGAGCCAUCCAACCCCUGGAUCAGUGACGACUGCACUUUCUGGGAGCUGGAGGCCAGUAAAGACCCCAGCCAGCAGAGGGUGAGGAAAUGGGGUUUUUCACUGGAUGAGGCUCUGAAGGACCCAGUGGGCCGUGACCAGUUUCUUAAGUUUCUUGAGUCUGAGUUCAGCUCGGAGAACCUGCGAUUUUGGUUGGCGGUGCAGGAUUUGAAGCGCCGCCCCCUACAGGACGUGCCAGCCCGUGCUCAGGAGAUCUGGCAGGAGUUUCUAGCUGAAGGUGCUCCCAGCUCCAUCAACCUGGACUCACACAGUUAUGAGCGCACCAGCCAGAACCUCAAAGACCCCGGCCGCUACAGUUUUGAGGAUGCCCAGGACCACAUCUAUAAGCUCAUGAAAAGCGAUAGCUACACCCGCUUCUUGCGCUCCAGUGUGUACCAGGACCUCCUGCUGGCCAGAAAGAAGCCUGAAAGUGAACAAGGCCGUCGCACUUCUCUGGAGAAAUUCACCCGCAGUGUGGGUAAGUCUCUGACAGGGAAGCGCCUGACAGGCCUCAUGCAAUCCUCCUGACGAGGCCUGGGACUGGAUUAACCCAGCCAAGCCCACAGGAGCUGCGGUCUGCUGGGGUGAACGUAGUAUGACUGUAGUCAUCUACUCAGCCAACAUAUGGACCAGCUGCUAGCUAUCCUGACAGUGCAGCUAUGGACUCUAGAUGGCAUGCAAUAAGUCAACGAAAACCUUACAAACGGGGACAGUGUCAUCUGUAUUUAACCAAUUAUAUACAACCUUUGAUUCAGCUACCAUGACUGCACAUAUGAAUGUCAGAUUUUUACUUCCAGGAUUACCAUGUGUUUAUUUGAUAUUUCUUACCAGCAGUGAUGGUGGGAAUGAACACCCACUGCCUUGAUUGCCAUUUAAAAAUACCCUUUACCCCCCAGUUCAUCCUCUUUUUCAUGACUGGAGAUGUGAAGAGUGGUGAUAUGCUAAGCCAGUAUGUGAGCGGAUGGUAGUGCGAGUGGGUGGUCCAGAGGGACGUGUGCCUUCUAGGCUGCAGAACAUUCCAAAAGAAGAGAAAAAAGUAGCAAGGGCUCCUCGUCUCUGUGUACUCUUGGCAAGGUUUGCACAGUUUUUGAUAUGACCAUAUUGUGUUUGUAAGAGAAGUUGUUUGAAGUGUUAAUGGAUGCAGUACAACCUAGCUGGAUUCUAAUCGACAGUCUGAUUUGAACCUUCUUCUUCUUCACAGUUCAUGGAAACAAGAUACAAUGUACAAUGUUGUCGCAGGUUUUGCUGCAUUAUGAAAUUCCUGAGCAGAGCUGUAUAGAACAGCAAGGAGCACAUGGAAGUGAUUAUGACUGUCCCAGUCAAUCUCGAUGAGGGAUUAACUCUUUUUAGCACAAUAACCAAACAAAUGAUAAACUCUCCUACUGACAUUUGCAGAUGUAUAAACUUCAGUUCCAAAAAAGAUUACAGUAUGUGAAAUGUUAAUAGUCAAAAAGCAGUGACAGGGAAAUCCUGUUUGACCUGUAUUAAAUUGAACACAGUACAAUACACAAUGUUUUAUGUUUUGUUUAAUGAACUUUAUAUAUUUUUUCUAAAUAUUUAUGCACAUUGCAAACUUUAACAUGUUGCAAAAAAGUUGGGACUGAAGAAUGUUUACUAUCACCUUUAACAGGACUUCAUAAUUGUUUGGGGACUAAAGACCUCAAUUCAUCUAGUUUUGCAGAGUUUAUGCCAUUUUUCCAUUGUACAAGUCUUCACCAAUGCAACCAUACAGAGCAUUCCUUGGUUGACAUAUUUUGGGCUUAUAAUGCAGCACACAUUUUCAGUGGGAGACAGGUCUGAACUACAGGCAGGUCAGUCUAACACCGGCAUUCUCUAAUUGUGCAGCCAUGCUGUUGUAACACAUGCAGAAUUUGGCUUGGCAUUUUCUUGCUGAAACAAACAGGAACGUCCCAGAAAAAGACAUCAAUGUUGCCACAAAAUGCAUAUGUACCCCUCAGCUUUAAUGGUGCUUUUGCAGAUGGGCAAAUUACCCACCACAUACCCCCACACCAUGAUAGACCCUGGCUAUGCUGGUAUGCUCGUUUUUCUGAAAAAGUUUUAUCUGAAAGGUUAAAUUGUGUGACCACAUCUCCACAGUGCAUCAGUACAUUCCAGAUGAGCUUAAGCCCAACAAGUUAAUGGCACUUCUGGAUAUUGUUGACAUAUGGCUUCCGUGAAAUACAGUCUUGUUGUUGUGAAAGCCGUAAAGAAGUGUUUACUGGCAGUAGUUGGUCAAAGUAUACUUAAACCUGUUCAGAGGGUGAAACAACCCUACAAUUAAUGCAAAUGCAUGCUAAAGAGGGGAGCAUCAACCUAUCUUUGGUCAUAAACCAAUAAGCCUUUCCUGGAUACUAUUUAUAUAUCAGCAUGAUUGCAUCACUUGUUUAAGAUGUUCUUUGAACAUUUAACAACAUUCCCAGUCUUAAAUUGUUUCUGUCCCAACUUUUUUGGAACAUGUUGCAGGCAUUAAUUUCAGAAUGCAUAUAUAUUUACAAAAAAAACAAUGAAGCUAAUGAGGUAUAACAUAUUGUCUUUAUAUUGUUUUAAUUUAAAUACAAGUCAAAAUGGAUUUACAAAUCACUGCUUUUUGUUUUAUUUGUAUUUCAUGUACUAUCCCAAGUGUGGAAAUAAGAUUUAUAGUAAGAAAAAAAGUUUGAAGGGUUUAUUCAUACAUAUUUUUUAUACAAAGCAUCUUAGCUAUGAACUAAAAAGAGAAGUAACCUACCUAAACCUAAUGUAGAACUAUAUAUGUGUCAAAACCACGGAUGUAGCUGGUCCAUGUUAAGUGUAUUCAUCUAGCUUGCCUGCCCAAAUGAAAAUGUAAAUAUAGUCUGAAUGUUAAAGAUGUAUGCUUUCAGAGUAGUAUUAUGAAGGUGAUAAAACACAUAUAUUAUAUUACACCCCUCCAAAGAUGGUCUGCACACACAGAGGACCACAAUAAAGGACAGAGUCCUUUACUCACAGCAGAGACUGUCCAGGCUUGUGGGCAUUUUUCAUAGGUUUUCAGCGCUGCCUCAUUCAAUCUGCUGGACCUGGACUGCUUGCUGUUGCUGCCACUUGUGGAAAGUUGUGUAGCACUGCCAGACAUGCAUAUAAAAGAAACUACAGACCCUCUAAGGCCCUUCCUGGUCAAUAUCAGCUCAUGGACUGCCAGGCGGGUGGCCGAGAGACACUACGGAAUGUGUUUUCUUCUUGUGUUUCCAGCUAGAACUGCUUUGUUGACAGUGUAUUUAGACUGAAGCGGUGGAAACAAUGUAUGUAUACAUUACAGCCACUCUGCAUAUAGAGAACGCUGUGUAGAAGAAGUCUGAGAGUGAGUAUAUAAUUAGAGGCACAAGUGCUGCAAAGAAGCACAAAACUAUGCAUGGGAUAUUUCUAAAUAAUAUUUCUUUACAGCUUUUAGUUUUUUUCAAAGAUAAAAAUGAGUAUCAGUGGAUUACGAUGAAUAGAAGGACGUGACGUCCAGAGUCAACUAAUAAAUAUUCAGUAUCUAUUUGAAGAGUUCUGAUUUUCUUCUUGGGUUCUUGA